AUAAAAUAAAUCGUUGCGUUUCGUUGUAUCUUGUAUACUACAAUUUCCACAAUUUCUUUAUUUAUAAAAAAUAAUUUUACAGAGUUUAGUCAUUAUUUGGCUAAAGAAUUUUCGGGUGAUUUGUUAUGGAUUUUGUGCAAGUAGUCGAAGAAGAUGGAGAAGAGCCCAUAGAAUUGCCCAUAGAGCCGGAUAAAAACUUGCUCUUGUCAACACUGCAAUCAACAUUUCCAGGUGCAAGCGGCCUGAAGUAUCUUAAUGAAGAAACCAAAUGUUUUCGUGGGAUUCGUUUGAACGAUGGCAAAUUAUAUCCGCCAAGUGAAUGUGGUUGGGGCAAUCAUGUCUAUCAUUGUGUCUUUCCCAAAGAAAACAAGCGUAAAAGCGAUGACCAAUUGGAAAACUCCACAGCCAAAACAAAACGUAUGGAAUCAAGGGCACGUUGUACCGAUUUAAUUGUCCUUGGCUUACCUUGGAAGACUACGGAAGAAAGUCUUCGGGCAUAUUUUGAGACGUUUGGAGAGGUUCUAAUGGCACAGAUUAAAAAGGAUGUGCAUUCAGGUCAAUCGAAGGGAUUUGGGUUUGUGCGAUUUGGUUCGUAUGAUGUACAGGCAAGAGUCCUGUCUAAUAGGCAUUCAAUUGACGGGCGCUGGUGUGAAGUGAAAGUUCCAAAUUCCAAGGGUGCGCCAAAUCAAAUUCCUUGCAAAGUUUUUGUUGGUCGUUGUACAGAGGACAUUACGGCAGAGGACUUGAAAGAGUAUUUUUCCAAGUUUGGUGAAGUUACAGAUGUGUUUAUACCCAGACCUUUCAGAGCAUUUAGUUUCGUUACAUUUUUGGAUCCAGAAGUAGCGGCGUCUUUGUGCGGAGAGGAUCACAUAGUGAAAGGAGUGUCAUUACAUGUUUCAAGUGCUGCUCCUAAAUAUGAACACCAUCGAAAUUCCUAUCAUAAUGCUAACAAUGGCGGAAGAAAUUCUCAUCAUAAUAGUCAUAACGAGAAUCCACAUGGUGGCCUCUUUAAAUCAAAAGGUCCUACAAUGCACAACAGUAGCGGAAAUUAUUAUGCCAAUACAGCUCCUCCACCUAACGAAGGAGGUUCAGCAAUGUUAGGUGGAGGUAACAAUACAGGUGGGGCGCCUGUUAAUCGGGAAAAUACUUAUCCUCGAGGUAAUCGAGGAAACUACAUGAUGACACAACAACCGCCAGCGGCAAACACAAAUAACAGCAGCAGUAAUUUCAAUAGCAGUCAAAACCGACCCCUGGACAUGCAUAUGCAGACAUUGGGCAUCAACCCCCCUCCAGGCCCUAAUUCCACUCAAAAUAUGGGUAUGGGUCUUAAUCUCAACUCCUUGCCCAUGAACACAGCAAUAUUGGCUGCUGCUCUAAAUCAGUUCGGUUUAUUGGGAAAUCCGGAACAGAGUGGCAACUUCCUUUCUUGGAUGGCUCAUUCUAGCAAUUCAAAUAACAUGCUCGCAAACAAUCCGGGGAAUAGGGGACCAAAUAGCGUCAAUUCCGGUGCAAAUACAGCGAACCAGCCUACAGAAGCAACAAACUGUAAUAAUACUGUACAAAAUCCACCAUCGCAGCCGAACAAUGGAAAAUAUGGAAUGUGGUCUCCAAAAUGACUGUAACACUUUAGAUAUUCAAAUAUAGUCAUUAAAAUGUCGGUCGCCGGAAAGGGAACUCUAUGCAAAAUUGAUGCCAGCAGAAACCAGUUGAUAUCUGUGGCGAAAGCAAUUAUGUCGACAUGCUAAUUAGAAUAUUAAGAAAGUAAUUUUCGUUUUAAAGUUGAGCGUAUGUAAACUAUAUACACACACAUAUAUAUUCAUAGUCAUCUUAUGAUAAACCCUAUUAAUGUUUGAGUAUAAAAACAGACACCAACUUGACAAGAAUAUAUACCUAACAAAAUUAAUAAAAUAACUCAAAAGUUUAUUAAAACAA